AUGCCCGACACACUAUUGAGUCUGUCUGGGGAUAUGUGUUCCUCCCAGCUGUGCGGCGACUACCAGCCCAAUUCGAAUAGCGAUCUGGACUUGGAUGGUCCGACGGACAAGAACGCGGCAUGGGCAGGGAUCGCAGUUGUUGUUGUCGUUGUGGCGCGCUCGCGUGGGGGGCACGACAGUGUGGCCACGGGCGCCAACAAAUCCACGCGCUUUGCAUGGGCUGCGUUUUGGCCCAGACGGCGGACCGAGCAAUCUGUGGAGAGUGGUCCAAUCGACGAGUCUAAUGACAAGCAGCAGCAACGAGAUAGUUUGGCAAGCAAUCUCAAACGCACUCCAAUAGACACUUCCAGUCGAUGCUCCCCAAUUGCAAAGCUCAGUCCCAGGCUGAAGCAUCCAGACCCUGGUCAGUAUCCUAUGCUCCCUCUUCAUCACUCCCAGCUGCAGAGCACAGAGACCUUGACAUCUCUUCCGCCUGAAUCCCAUAAUCCUUCCCCCAAUCCACGCGUCUCGUUGUCAUCUUCGCACCGCAGCUCGGGCUCCUCAUCCAGAAUAGACAUACCCCCACCCGGCCUUGGUCCCCCUAUCUACCAGUCGCUACCCCUUGCCUUCUCCCUUGCCAUCGCUCAUUCGCCGUCAACACCAUCCUCACCGCCACCACCACCACCAUCACAAAAUUGA